ACAAAUUGAGUACAUUUUUGUAUGCAAAUUUAGUUUCAGUUAAACUUAGUGUGUGACACCUCGUCAAUAAAUAUGAGAAACUUGUGCUUGUUUACCCUCAUCCUAUUUGCUGUGUUCAACAAUAUUGAAACUGGAUUAGUAAUAAGACGAAACGAGUUAGGGUUACCGGAGUGUAUAUGGAUAUGGUAUCCCAGGUAUCCAAGGUUUCCCCCUCGAAGGACCACUACUGUUGUUACCCCCACUCAACCACCUACUGUAACAUCACCUACUCCAGUAUCAACUACUUCUGCACCAGCGGAAACACCUGCACCAACAGAAGCUUCGGAAGCACCACCUUCUGAGGCUCCCGCUGAAGAGGUCACCACCGAACCUCCUGGAGAAGAUGGUGCUGAAUAACUUUAUCCAGUGAAAUUUUUAGAACUUUGAUGGGUCACAUGCGAUAAUUUGGUUGAACAGUUAGUAUUAAUGACGCGAUAAGUUGAACAUCGUCACUUGUUUGGAGGUUAUAGGAGAAAAAAUCCGACCUUUGAUAUAAAUAGAAGUUGUGUCCUUCUAUGUUAAAAAAAAACUGUUCUGUAGCCUCUGAAAGUAAAAAAAUAUGCACUUUUGGGAAUCUUUUAUCAAAAAGUAUGUUCAAAGUAUGCAAUGUGAUCCGUCAUAUUUUUUGGAGUCGAAAUAUGUAUUUAUAUAGAAGGUGUACAAUAUAAAAUAGUGAA